CGCGCGCGGACUGACACUUGGAGAGGAGAAGAACGGAGACCACAGCACGCGCUCAGGUUAUCGUUGUACAUUUGUGUACGGGACGGGAUAUAAUUCUGUCAGGUGCCUUGAAGAAGUGGAACUGCUGACCUCAUCACUUCAUGACAGCUAUUGGGAUCACUGGUGACCUUUGUUACGGCCCUAACCAAUUCCUAUUUUCCUCAAGCUCUUCCUCCAUAUCUCCUCCCCUUUCUUAAAGUCCCCUCCCCUCCUUCUCUGUCUCUCCCUGCCCUGGGCUUAUUACUCAAACCCAGUGAAGGGAGCAACACAGUAGCUGGCAAAUGAUGAAGCGGGCCUGCCUGCCAACUCCAGACAGAGGAUAGACAACACAAAAGGACCAGCGGAGGGAAGAGAACUGGAGAGAGAGAGGCUCACACAGUAAGGCCUGGAUAGAGCUGCCACAUUCAAGAUGUCAUGCCGAAGGAAAAACAAAAGUUUAAUUUGUGCGUCAUGAGCUAGCUAAGGGUCCCUAUCAGAUCUUAAACUGUGGAGCUCUUCCUAAUAAAGUAUUGGCAUCCCCUCCCCCUCUCCAUCCCCGCCACACACACACUCACAGAAGUUGUGGAGACAUACACAGCUCUCCAAUGCUUAACACUUGAUAUGCCUCUCUAAGACAUUCGAGCCAUGCCGGCUAAGGGGAAGUACCUGUUAAAUGACCAGGAGCUGAAAAAUGAGGCACUUUACCGCAAAUUCUCCUGCAUUAGCCAGUAUCAGCCGCUGGUUCUCCUGCUGUGCCUCUCCAUACUGUCCUGUGGGAUCCUCCUCAUCAUCUUUUUUGCACUUGGACUGAGUGCAGAAAAACACAGUGCCUUUGUGAGCGUGGUGAGCUGCAGCCUGUUUGUGUUCCUGGCAGUGUUUGUGGUGGUGUGUACAGAGAUGCUCUCACAACGAUGGAGGCGUCUGCUGGGCAUGAUUAUCUGGGCCACACACCUCACCAUGGCUUACACCUUUAUCUUCAGUGGACCCAUUAUCCUGCCUUGUGACCAGGUGCCUUUCUUCCUCUUCAUCAUCUUUACUGUGUACACCAUGCUGCCGUUUCAGUUGUGGUACGCUGUAAUGCUGAGCAUCAUCACCUCACUGUCCCACAUCCUGGUCCUCACACUGCGCCUCACUAUUUACAGCGAAAAGUCCCCUCCCUACCUAGCCAACCAGCUGCUGUCCAAUGCGGUGGUAUUUCUGUGUGGCAGUGUGGUGGGAGCCUUCCACAAGGUGCUGAUGGAGAAAACCCUGAGGCAAACCUUUCAAGACACCUUGAGGUGCCUGAGCAUGCGCAUGAAGCUGGAGAUAGAAAAGAGACAACAGGAAAACCUGCUGCAGUCUGUGCUGCCGGUCUACAUCUCCAUGAAGAUGAAGCUGGCAAUCAUGGAGCGCUUACAGGACUGCAAGGACAAAGAAGAGCAACAGCGAUUGGUCAAAGAUAACAACUUCCACAGUCUUUAUGUCAAGAGGCAUGAGAAUGUCAGUAUUCUUUAUGCAGACAUUGUGGGCUUCACGCGAUUGGCCAGCGACUGUUCUCCUAAGGAGCUAGUCAUUAUGCUCAAUGAGUUAUUCGGGAAGUUUGACCAAAUUGCCAAGGAAAAUGAAUGCAUGAGAAUAAAGAUACUUGGAGACUGCUACUACUGCGUAUCUGGGCUGCCGGUCUCUCUGCCUAAACAUGCAAAGAACUGCGUCAAAAUGGGCCUGGACAUGUGUGAAGCCAUCAAGCAAGUCCAGGAAGCCACAAGAGUCGAUAUCAACAUGAGAGUGGGCGUGCACUCAGGCAACGUACUCUGUGGUGUGAUUGGCCUUCGUAAAUGGCAAUUUGAUGUCUGGUCUCAUGAUGUCACUCUGGCCAAUCACAUGGAGUCAGGAGGCCUUCCAGGGCGUGUUCACAUCACAGAAGCCACACUCAAACAUCUCAACAAGGCAUAUGAAGUGGAAGUAGGCAACGGCCACAGCAGGGACUCCUACUUAAAAGAACUCAAUGUCCAAACCUACUUAGUCAUUGAUCCAAGGUCCAAGGACCCAUCAUUGAACAGCGCAGCCAAACCUCGGGUGAAUGAUGGGCUGAAAAUGAGGGCGUCUGUUCGUAUGACCCGUUACCUGGAGUCGUGGGGGGCAGUCAAACCUUUUGCCCACCUUCAGAACCGAGAGGGAUUCACCCCAGACAGCAUUGUCAACGGCAAGCCACGCUGGAAGGACAUCCCUCUACGAUCAGCCCCUGGUACCAACACUGAGAGCUUUGAUGAGUGUCUAGAAGAACCGUUCUCCUUGCCCACACCUCCAUUCAGCAGCUAUAAGAACAAAUCCCAGAAGAGUAAAUUUGAUGAAGAGCUGCACAAUGAGAUGACGACUACUAUAGAUGAGCUCAGCAGCAAGCAGUGGUCAAAGUCUGAAGAGACCGGCAGUCUAGCUAUUUGGUUUCCAAAGAAAGACCUAGAAAAACAGUACCGAGCCCUGGAUCUGCCGAUGUUCAAGCACUAUGUAGGCUGUGCCACCUUUAUCUUCCUUUGUAUCUUUGUGGUUCAGAUGUUUGUUACAAAAGAUCGACAGUUGUUGGGGAACGUAUUUGGAGUGUUAGUUUGUGUGCUGCUGCUCACCAUGGCUAUCUGUUUUGCCAGUCACCUACAGCGCCUGUUUCCAGAGAAGCUGUCAAGAUGCCAGUGGCUCCCAGCUGUGUCUGAGGCGGUGGUCAAGCGGCCGUGUGUGCGCCUCCCUCUUGCUGCCAUCACUACCACGGUCAUCAUUGUCCUGGCAGUGUUCAACGUGUGCUUCGUCCUGACUCGUGUGACAGAAUGUUCCCGUGAUAAUGACACCCUGUGUCCCAGAAAUGAUUCCAGUGGGCAGGGAUUAGAGGCCGAUUUCCUCUGUCUGCCUUACUCGGUGUACUGCUGCAUCCUCUCACUCAUUGCAUGUGGAGUCUUCCUCCGGGUGAGCUUUGAGCUCAAGGUGCUCUUCGUCAGCGUGGCCACUGCAGCAUACUACAGCAUCAUCCUCAGCAUCAAGAGCGAACUGUUCAAGCGCUACGAAAAGGUCCUCCUCGGUCAGAUCAGUCCAGACUCCUGGAACUGCAGCAGUUCUGAGGGUGACUGUGCGCUGAGAUUUUUGGGGCUGGUGAAGCACCCUCAGGUGAUGAGCUGCAUAUAUAUCACCCUGUUCCUGGUCACUGUGCUCAUCAUCUCACAACAGAAUGAGUCAUGCUUCCGCCAGGACUUCCUGCUAAAGUAUAAGAACCGCACAGAGCAGGACGAGAUCGAGACCAGGGAGAACCUGAACCGGCUGCUGCUGGAGAACGUGCUUCCAGCCCACGUAGCAGCACUUUUUGUUGGGGAAAAUAAAAAGAACGAGGACCUGUACUACAAGUCCUAUGACUGUGUGUGUGUUAUGUUCGCCUCGGUUCCUGAUUUCAAAGAGUUUUACACCGAGUGUGAUAUCAACAAGGACGGUCUGGAAUGCUUGAGGCUCCUGAACGAGAUCAUCGCUGACUUUGACGAGCUGCUGUCCAAGCCCAAAUUCAGCGGUAUGGAGAAGAUCAAGACAAUUGGCAGCACGUACAUGGCUGCUGCAGGGCUCAGUGGGACGCCUGGUCAGGAGAACAAUCAGGACAAAGAGCGACAGCAGGCACAGAUCGGGAUCAUGGUGGAGUUUGCCAUCGCUCUGAUCGGCAAGUUGGACGGCAUCAACAGACAUUCCUUCAAUAGCUUCAGGCUGCGUGUGGGCAUCAAUCAUGGCCCUGUGAUAGCUGGAGUGAUCGGGGCGAGGAAACCUCAGUACGACAUCUGGGGCAACACAGUCAACGUGGCCAGCAGGAUGGAGAGCACCGGGGAGCUGGGAAAGAUCCAGGUCACAGAGGAAACAACGAAGGUGCUGCAGAAGCUAGGCUACUCCUGCGAGUGUCGAGGAUUCAUUAAUGUGAAGGGCAAAGGGGAGCUGAAAACCUUCUUUGUGUGUACGGACAUGAGCAAGCAACAGAGCAUGGGGAUGAGUUGAGGUCAGGCUGCUGAAGAAAGCAGAAUUGGAGACAGAUUUGUGUAAAGGGGUCAGAGUUCAAACGCUCCUGCACAGCACAAACUGACUGAUGCAGCUGGGUUCCUGUGAUGUCACAAUGAAGCAACACUUUCCAACCUUUCAGAUGGAUCAGGACGAUGAAGAGGUGGUCAGAAUGUACAAUCAUCAUCUUUGUUUCCUUUCACAAACAGAUAUACGUCCAGUGGUCCGUCACCUUUGUACUUCUUGUCUUUAACUUGUUUAUCGGUAGUUAAAAUAUGUAUUGCACCAAUGCCAACUUCAGUUGUUAUUUUUGAAGACCUCUUUGGUCCUUAAAAAAACAAAACAAUGGAUUCUGUUUGGAUCAUCAUUUGAAAGUCAAGUCUGGACCCACUGCUCUGUUACUGUGUAAUGAGCGUUAUCAGAAAUAGAUCUUCUUUCAUGCCUUCAUCGGAGAUACUCGCAUAAUAAUAAUUUGUUCUUUUUCUAAACCUUUAAUAGAGGUCCAGCUGUGUAUUAAAACAAGAAUAAAGUGUCUCAAAUGAAAUUUCUUACAGGCUAUUUGCUGCUUUUCAGGAGAAAACAGACUUGUCACAAAUCCAUGUGCUGUAUGUUUGAGUGCUGCUGCUUGUCUGCAUAAAUGCUGCAAAGAGGGAAACCUGUGAAGCUCUUUUGUCUGUGACCUAACAACCUGCCUGCUGUGAAGUUUUCUCUGAACCCAGCUCAGACUAUCUCCUGAACUGAUCCCAAUCGCUCUGUGUCUCUGAAAACUUGAUCUGUCUCGUGGCCUUAUCUUUUUGAGACCAUCAUGUUUCUGUAAUUGUUGAUACAUAUUAACAAAAAUUUUAAAGUAUUGGCCUUUAUGUGAAUGAAAGUGGCAUUGACUUUUGUACAGUUACAGAAUGUAAUAAAUGUUUUCCUAAGUCUGCA